AACUUAAUCAUUAUCAUAUUUAUAUAUAAAUUAAUCAUUAAAUGCAAAUUAUUUGAAAAAGUGUCAAAGUGUAAAUUGAUAUGGCAGAAGGGGGCGAGAAACAUGAUGAUAUUAAUGAAUCUAGAAAUGUUGAAUGCAUUGAACCAACACAAGAACCAUCUCCAGAAAAUGACCUUGAACUCAGUGACAUAUCAAGAGAUAGCUAUAUUGAAUCAGGCAAUGUUAAGGAUGCUCAUAGAGAUGAACAUGAUGAAGAUGACAGUGCAACAACUUCAAUAAAGGCGAAUAAAUGGACUGCUAUUCAGAAGGCAUUUCAGAGAGUCCGGGCACAUACCACACAAGCAUAUGGCAAAGUAAAACGUUAUCCCUCAUCAAAAUCAAAACGAGAAAGAAAUGUCUCAAUAGGGAAGAAUGUCAAAACAUCUAGGAGUAAAUCGAAAAGAAGAACGUUGAAAAGUAAUGUUGACACUGAUGAAAUCCUAGCCGCAAUAGGAUUACAUGAACAGAGGGAAUUGUCACAAUCAAAGGAUAAAUCAAAUAUACCAGAUAAUAUUGCAUCUGACAAACAACAUGUUAGGAAUGGCGCUAAAGUGUAUGGCUCAAGUGAAACAAUCGAUGAGAUAAGUAGUAUAGCAACUGAUUCUAUCAGGACACAUCAGAAACCAAGAAUUUCACAUCAAGCCAAAUUCACAAAAUUAUUCAUCAGGAAUGCAUUCAGAUCCCUGUUGAAAUCAACUAAGAAAGAAAACCAGUUAACAUCUGUUGAUUUUGAGAAGAACAACUCUUCAACUGAUGAAAUUGUUAGUCUUGGCAUUAAGUAUAACCCUGGUGAUGAGGUACCAACUAGAAUGGAGUCUAUUGACAAUGAUGAAGUUGACAGUAUUGAUAAUAUUCCACAUAGAAAAACUAAGCUUACUUGUUUAGAUGAAAUAGUCUUUGAACCAAGACCAAGUAAAGGUGAUAACAUGCCUGCUAAAGAUAAAAACAGGGAUUUCAAAGAAUCUAAACCUAAACUUCUACGUUCAAAAUCUUUGGCAGUUUUAUAUGGCAACCCUGAUACUGAUAUUGGAUUGUAUGAUACCAGUGAAAAGACUCAAAAAUAUGACAAUGGAUUUAGGACCAUCUUUAGAAAAAGAAGUGAGUCUGUCAGUGAAAUCAUUUCUACAAAACUCAAAAAAGGAACACAAGAUGCUUGGGGUUCUUGUUUUGUGGAUGAUGAAAAUAAACAGGCAAAAAGUCCUGUUCAUAAAACAAAUGGCAAAUUAAGAAAAAGAAGCAGUUCUCUUUCUGAUGCAUUUUCAAGAAUUGGCAAAAAGAGCCAGCAAAAAACAUUGAACACAAAGCAAGAGAUAUCACCUAGUAAAUCACCAAUUAAAGAAGAUCGUCUUUUUACUAAAAUUGCUAAGACAGAACCGGACCUGUUGAACAUUACACUGGAAACAUUGUCAAAUGGCAUAAGAGAAUAUAACAAGUUAACUGGUACUGAUAAACCUUUAAAAGACUCGAGUUUUAGACAUACUGCAUCAGUUGUUGCCAUGGCAACAAAAUGGAAAAGGAAAAUAAACCAAAACAAAUCAGAAGUAACCGUCAUAGUUGAUGAUUUGAACAAAGUGAUUCCUAAAAUUAAACAAGAAAGGUUGUUUACUAAAAGGAUGAAGCCAGAAAUAAACUUGGCAGGAAAAGUAAAAAAUAAAAAAGUGGAUGAAGCCGAAACAAAAAUGAAGCCAUUUUCAUUUGCUGAGACUCAUAUUAAAGCACAAAGUGAUGAUGCAAAUAAUGGAUUAGGAAUCCCACAAACUCCUUUUUCACGUAGUCUUAAUAGUUUGAAUUCCAUAGCUGAGAGCUCUGAAGAGGAAGAGGAUGAGCCUUGUAUACUGAACAAAUCCUUGCCCAAUCUCAGGAUGAGAUCUCCUUUAUCAUCUCCCAGGAGACCCAUAUCUCCCUUAUCAUCUCCAAGGCAAUCAAUUGUGAAGCCCAUGCUCGAUGAGGAGAUGCUUCCAACAUUAUCUGAAGAGUUGGAAACGAACAGAAUGCGUCAUGUUGCGAGUAUGGCAAUCCUUGCAAAACGCUGGAAGGCCUUUGUUGGGAAAAUACGGGAUAAUGAUAUGACAUCGCAGAUAAAUAAAAGAAAGAAGGUUUUGCCAAUUUUACAGCAAACAAAGCCUGAUGAUGCAUCCCAGCACCAUUCAGUCCCAGAAGAUGAAUCAUAUGUAGAUGCUGAGGAGAAUUCUGGGUAAUACAGUGAUAUUUCCAAUCAAAAUUGGAAUUGAGUAGAGUUCCAUUAUAAUUCCUGAGAACAGGCAAAACAAAUUAAAAGAACAUACUAGAGCCAACAAAAAGUUUUAAAAAGUAAGCCCAAUGUCCUGUUUAAGAACCCUCUUUCUUACGAUUGAUAAUGAACUCUAGUAAUACUAUCCAACAUGAAUCUAGUAGAGUUCUUCUGAGAAAAUGAGGAUUUCAGCAAGGGUGUAUUGCCUUGACAUAUAAUUGGAUACUUGGAUACAGUUGGCCUAACUCAGAUCGCCGUGUAUGCUUGUACUAUGAUAUAAGAGGUAUAGAUACAAAAUCUUCAUUAUCUCAGAAGAACUCAAGUUUACCGAGUCUCAACAAGUGGAUUCAUGUGGGAGAGAAUUGGUAGAAUCCAUUUUCAAUGAGAAUAGGGGCUCUUAAACAGGACAUUAAAAGUAGGGCCUUUUUGAAAUUUUUGGUAAGCUCUUAUAGUCAUAAUUAUAAUUUUGACAUGUACUCAGUUUCAAAAUUGAAAAUUGACGGCUGCAUAUUGCUAAUAAUUAAACCCCAGAAUUCUAGUGGGAGUUUACAUUUUCUUAAUUUGUUUCGCUUAACACUUUCUAACAUUUGUUUCCUGUGAUACUCUGCAACAGGAAGAAUUCCACAAUUCAGACUUAGGAGCAUGAGUUCAACGCUCCAUGUUAAUUAAUCACAAUAUAGUCAAACUACGAGUAGCUUAUUAUCACAUCAAGUUAUACAUUGAAUUCUAUUGUAAUUAUGUACAGGUGUAUGCACAAGCGUAGGCACUGAGGUUCAAUGCCCAUUGCUUUCUCGAAUAUGUCUACAUGUAAUUGAAUAAUUGCAGAAAACAUGGAUAUAGGGAAAGAACACAAAUAACAAUACAUACAGGGUGGGCCAAAAAAACACCCCCCUAGCC